AAAGAUGGCGUCACUUCUACGGUGUCUGUGUGAACGAUUCUAGUUGCCGCUGGAAAAAAUUAAUAAUUAUCGCAUAAAACACACCUGCCGGCCGCUCAAAUCGAUCGAAAAGCGAACGUCACCCAUUGCGGCGCGAUAAGCGAGUGAAAUUGUGGCAGAGCGUGAGCGUUGGACCGCUAAAAGAAGCUGUGCAAAAGUGCAAACCGAAUCGGGAAUCCGGGUACUUUCGAGGUGUGUGUGCGUCGCUUUUUUUGUGUGCCCGUCGCCGUUUUUCUCUGCAGUCGCCAGCAGUGCAACUCAAACAUUGUGCUAAAUUACAUAAAGAUAUUAAAAGCGGAAUAUCUACCAUAAAGCAGGAGAUUAAAGGAGAAAAAAAGGAAAAUUCUGCCACACACAGAGGGAGAGCGACAGAGAAGGAGCUAUACAAAGCAAGCGAGAGGUCGAUAACGAUAGCCUUGUUUGGUUAUCGCCCUCGAUAGCAACAAAAACCGAGAAGAAAAAAAUAACAGCGUCCUUUCAGUAUGACCGCGCUGAAAACCUCACCUGCAGUGUGACCGUGUCUGCGUGAGAGAGAGCGAGCGAGAAGCGCAACAACAGUUUUUUGUGUGCAUGUGAUGCCAAAUAUCCAUAAAGCCCAAUAAAGAAAUAAAGGAAAGCAAACGCGAACUACUAUGUGAAUGCAGCAAUCAGCAGUUAGCCAGCAGCAGCAGCUCUCUCUCUCAGUUAACCAAAAUUGAUGUGCCAUUCAAGAGCAGCAGCGCAGAAGCCAGGAUCAGGAUCAGAGCAACGUAGAAGCUAAGCGAGAGUAUUAACCAGAGUAAGGCGCAUCGCAAAUGCAACAAUCCCUCCAGUAAACAAUACAAAAACCAAGCAAAGUACAGCAAACAGAAGAAACAGUGUACAUAUAUACAACUGUAACGAAUUUAAGCAACAAGCGGUUCAAGAAGAGUAUACCCUAUUUCACGCCCCCAGAGUUCCCGUCUGAUAAAUGCCAAGAUAAGUCGUUACCGCUUUAAUACCGCCAUCAACAUUACCCAGCAACAGAAGCUGAUCCAGCAACUCCAGCAGCAGCAGCAGGCGAUCGCUUUCAAGGGGAAGAAACAACAACAACAACACAAGCAGAAAUUGCAGUUGCAGCAGCCGUUGCAGUUGCAGAUUGGUCAGGAAACGAACACAGAACAGAGAGAAGGAGUAGGAGCAGUAGAGCUGUUGGGCUUACCCAGGAGUAAAGAAAACAAUUGCAAGACGCCAAACUCAACCGCAAAAGUCGCCAACAUAACACAUAAAAUUUUCGGUUGGCUACGCAAAUCACGCAACAAACGGCCAGUCGAGAUCCUCAACAGCGAUUUCGGCGAAGACGGCGACGAGGGCGUUGGCGAGGGCAAAGGCCAAGGCGCAGGCGAGGGAGGAGGAGCAGCUGCCAGUACAGCUGGCGGUGAAGCCGAUCAAUUUUCAGUGGCAAGCGUUAAAAACAAAGCCGGCAAGCUGAAUACCACACAGACAGCCACGGAGACCGCCAUCGAUUCAAACGAACCCAAAUCUGAAAAGAUGUCAUCGGGCACGUUUGUGGAUCGAAUCGACCCGUUCGCCAAACGUUCGCUCAAGAAGAAGGGUAAAAAGAGUCAAGGUUCCUCGCGCUACAGAAAUUCUCAGGAUGUUGAGCUGCAGCAAUUGCCGCCGUUAAAAGCCGAUUGCUCCAGUCUAGAACAGGAGGAGCUGUUUAUACGGAAGCUGCGCCAGUGUUGCGUGUCCUUUGACUUUAUGGAUCCCGUGACGGAUUUGAAGGGCAAGGAAAUCAAACGAGCCGCGCUCAAUGACCUAUCCACCUAUAUAACACAUGGGCGCGGUGUGCUUACGGAACCGGUUUACCCGGAAAUAAUUCGCAUGAUUUCUUGCAACCUAUUUCGCACGUUGCCGCCCAGUGAGAACCCUGAUUUCGAUCCCGAGGAAGAUGAUCCGACACUGGAGGCGUCCUGGCCACACCUACAGCUGGUGUACGAGGUGUUCUUGCGGUUCCUGGAGUCCCAGGAUUUCCAAGCGACCAUCGGCAAGCGUGUGAUCGAUCAAAAGUUCGUCUUGCAGCUGUUGGAGCUUUUCGAUUCGGAAGAUCCUAGGGAGCGGGACUUUCUAAAAACGGUAUUGCAUCGCAUAUACGGAAAAUUUUUGGGACUGCGGGCUUUUAUACGAAAACAAAUUAACAACAUAUUCUUGCGAUUCAUUUACGAGACGGAGCACUUUAAUGGUGUCGGUGAGCUUUUGGAAAUUCUUGGAAGUAUCAUCAACGGAUUCGCCUUGCCUCUAAAGGCCGAACACAAGCAGUUUUUGGUUAAGGUCCUAUUGCCACUGCACAAAGUCAAAUGCCUGUCGCUCUACCACGCUCAACUGGCGUAUUGCAUUGUACAAUUCCUAGAGAAGGAUCCAUUCCUUACCGAACCGGUGGUGCGUGGUCUGUUGAAGUUCUGGCCCAAGACGUGUUCCCAAAAGGAGGUCAUGUUCCUGGGCGAGAUCGAGGAGAUUCUUGAUGUGAUCGAUCCGCCGCAGUUUGUCAAGAUCCAGGAGCCGUUGUUCCGUCAGAUUGCAAAAUGCGUGUCGAGUCCACAUUUUCAGGUUGCUGAGCGAGCUCUUUAUCUGUGGAACAAUGAGUACGCCAUGUCGCUGAUUGAGGAGAACAAUGCGGUCAUCAUGCCCAUCAUGUUCCCGGCCCUUUAUCGCAUCAGCAAGGAGCACUGGAAUCAAACCAUCGUGGCGCUCGUCUACAACGUAUUGAAAACGUUCAUGGAGAUGAAUUCUAAGCUGUUCGACGAGCUAACCUCCAGCUACAAGGCAGAGCGGCAAAAGGAGAAGAAACGUGAGCGUGACCGCGAGGAGCUGUGGAAGAAGCUGCACGAACUCGAAUCCAAUCGUUCUAGUGGGCGCACCGCCGGCGGCAGCGCUACGACAUCGAACAGUGCAGCUCCCGCGGCGUCAACGUCCCUGCAGCCACCCAGCACCGCUGGUCUGAACUCUCAUCAGCAGCAGUCGAAUAGCAGCAGCAGCGGUAGUCUGUCCAGCGGCGGAGCCGGAGGCGACAAUAAUCCUGCGACCACAAAUGCGAAAAUCAAACAGGAUAAGUCGGACAACUAAGCAAACGCAAGGCGCGCCCGAAACUAACAAUAAUAAUUAAAAAAAAACCAACAUCAGUAAAAAAGCGUAAGCGUAACGCGUUAUCCGAUACCCGUAAACGGCAGAGACAGCAACCACAUCUAAAGGAGAAAAAAAAUAGUUAUACUAAACCACACAUAUGCUAAACAUUAAAACCAGAACAUAUAAAAACUAAAACGUAUACUCGAUUGACAAGACACCAACCAAGCUGACCCGCAAGACGCUUGGGCGGCUGUUGAAGGAGGUAGAACCGAAAUCUGGAGCGGGAGCUGAAUCAGAUCCCCGAGCGUGUGUGUGUGUGCGGUAAUUAAGAAUAUUGAGUGCGGCAUAAAAGAAAUCUUUAUAAAUAAUGUAUCUUACAUCUACAGCAACCAACACACACACACAUACACACACACGUGCGCGAACCGUAUACAUAUAUAUUACAAAAGAAGGAAAAAUAAUUAUUAAUUACGUUUAAGCGAAAAGAAGUUGAAUAAAGAGAAAUCAUGUUAGUAAGUGAAAAAGAAAAUCAGAAGAAGAGCGAUAACUAUAACGGAUCGACGAUUGUUGAAGCGCAUUGAAUAUUAUUAACUAAACAUAUUGCUAACUAGAUCCUAGCAUAGAUCAGCCAUCCUAUCCCCACCCACGAACACUACACAACACCUCCAAAAUAUCACUUAAAUGUUCACUUGCAAAAUAUAUAAUUGCGUUCAUUUGAAAAUUGUAAAAUAGUUGAAACUGCGCUGCAUCUUCAGAUUUUUUGUUGUUUGAAUGAAUUGCUCCAUAGAACGGCGUGUCUUAGUCCAGAUUUCCCGAUUUCCUACUGAAAUGUAUAUAAAAUAUCAGAGAACUGUGCUCCUCCUCACCCUCCUCCUUCCCCUUAUAUAAACCAGAAUGAAACUUUGUUACUUAGCUUUAAGUGUUGCACACUCCGUCAAGACUUCUCGAAAACAGAAAUUCCAACAUUUCCCGCUAAACGCAUGCGCGCAGUUACGAAGUUCGGCUUUCGAAUAUAGGACAUUGAGAAACAAAAGCAAAGCCAAGUUUUAGUAUAUUGUUGAAGUUGCUGCUAAACGGGCCAAGAUAGACAGGGAGCCGGUAAAUCUAUAAAUAAUUAAGAAUACAAUUAAACUACCAUACCAUAAACGUACGAUAAACGCUGAUCUAUAUAAAUGUAUGUAAAGUGUGCGGAAAAUACACAAAAAUAUAUCUCCAAGCUGAGGAAUAGGCGCAUGCGCAGUAAUCGAGAUGAACUCGGCAAAAAAUGAAAGAAAAUGAAUUCAAAUAUUGAGCAUUGUAAAAAGAUUAAGCUAGAGAAACCAACAACAACCAAGCAAACGAUUGUUUAUAGAACAAGGUUAUGGAAAAUUCAGCUUGGCAUAGACUCUUCUCCCCCCAACCCUCCUUUACGAUAAUUGGCAUCUUGCGAAACAUUUCCAAAGUCCACUCCAUGCUCGAUGCACCCACAUCCACUAAUAUUAUCCUUUGCAUAAAUGUAUAUCUCUGAGGAAAGCGGUCCAGUGUCGUCGAUGUCCCAAAAUAGUUUGCAAAUUCCUUUCUCAGACUUUUCUUCUCCUCGAUUUAAUUGAUUUAUUUUCAAUCCUCACGGAAAUGCGCACAAUUGUCAUUCGAUUUGCUAAACAAUGUUUUCAAGUGUAAAUAAUGUAGCUAAGAUGAAAAAAGGGGGAAUACUUUUGGACCGCUUUCCCAGCAUCUCACUCACUCACACACACUCUCUUAGCCGCACUCAUAGUAAGGAAAUAUAUAAAAUUUAUAUAUGAAAUAUACUAUGCAUAUGUAUGUUUGUUCAUUCAACUCUCACGCCCAUCACAAAGUAUAGAAGCAUGCAUUAUAGGAGCAAAAACUAGGAGCGGAGGCAGGCGAUGAUAGGGAAGUAAAUAGGACGAGAUGAAAAUAUCCACUAAUGAAUGUCUCAUUAAGCGAAACCGCAAAAGUUCAUAUAAUAUUAAAGAUAAUUGUGUCUGUGAAUCGUGAGUUAUUAUACACAUAUAUGUAUACAUAUAUUGCAAAAAAAUAAGAAAGAAAAAAAACUAUACAAAAAAAUCUAAAGGAAACGUAAAAGUUAGCGUUAUUAUUAAAUAUGUUUGUAAAACGUCAACAAAUAUGCAGCAACAACAAAAACAAAAAAGUAAACAAACAAACAAAAGCGAGGGAGAAGCGUUUGAAGUGCAUCAACUAAGGAGUCAUCAGCGGCUAGAGCAGAGAGAGUAUAUUUCGAAAAAAAAUUGAACCUAUGGCCUAAAUACUAAGCAACGUGUGUAAGAAAGUUUUGCAUCUUUAUAUUAGCGUGUAAUUAAAUAAAACAAAUAGCUAAACAAAGCCCAAGCCUAAACAGCAACUACAACUAGAGCUACUACAAAGAGAACCCACAAUUAUCAUCCUAUACCCCCCUUCCAUCAUGUUCCUUCCCCUUGAGAAGCAAUAGCGAUCAGAUCAUCUAGCUCCCGAACGUUAAGACUUACUGCCUUUAAUGAUCCCAAGAAGAACACCAAAACACUAAAACUAAAGUAAAUAAAGAACAGGAGAAAGUAGAAUGUUAGAAGUCGAAGGCAGAAGUUCUUGGCCUGUUUGUUAUGCCAAUCCCGUAACACCAAAACUCUAUUCCUAACUAGCAGAUCCAUAAAACACACAUUCACACACACACGCACAGACAGGAAUAGGACCCAUCUCUAGUUAAAAGUUGAUGUUCGCAUAGGAUGCCAAUCAGUGACAAAGCAAAAAACAUAUUCAAAUAAUGUAAAAACGAAAAAAACAACAACAACAACAAGAAUUAAAUACAAAAUGUUGAAAAAGAAUGCCUAAUAAACGAUAAAUACUUAUAUAAGUCAAGUGGUCUAAUGAUUAAUGUCUCUUAAUUUCUGUUUGUUUUGUGAUCAACACUUCUGUUGCACUCUGAGUUAACCUGUUUAGUCCGCUUUCAACUCUUAUAUGGUAACUUUAACUAUAGUUUCUAUUAUUGUAUUUAUAUGUAUAAACAAAUUGAGCAUGUUAAAUCGUAACUGCAGAAGCUGCUUAGAGCCAGCUGAGCAAAGAAGUAUAAGCAAAAGCAAAACUCGUUAAGUACUUUUAGAGACAACAAAAAACCCUGUACUAAGAAGUGUACUAAAAAAUAAAGUCGCAUUAACAACGUUGCAUCAAAAAAGCUAAAAAAAUUUAAAAAAAAAACAAAUUAAAAUGAAAACGGAAAAAGCUAACAACAAAAACCAACAACAAUAAGAGCAAAGAAAAAUAGUUAAAGCGCUUAAACAAUAUAUGGUAAACACUAUGGAUACUAACAAUGAAAUGAGAAUGAGCCGAUGGAAAAGGAUAAAUAUAUAUGUGAAUUAUGUA